CGACCUCUCUCUUUUGAAACUUCUAUUCUGCUAUCUCGACCAGUCCGCCCAUCGACAACCCGACUUCAUUCUUUCAGUCUACGACAUCUCGACUGAGAGCCAGACAAGAUGAAGUUGAACAUCUCCUACCCGGCUAACGGCAGCCAAAAGCUGAUCGACAUCGAAGAUGAGCGCAAGCUCCGUGUCUUCAUGGAGAAGCGUAUGGGCGCUGAGGUCCCUGCCGACUCCCUCGGAGACGAGUGGAAGGGCUACAUCUUCCGCAUCACCGGCGGUAACGACAAGCAGGGUUUCCCUAUGAAGCAGGGUGUCAUGCAGCCUACCCGUGUCCGCCUCCUGCUCUCCGACGGCCACUCCUGCUACCGACCCCGCCGCACCGGCGAGCGCAAGCGCAAGUCCGUCCGUGGUUGCAUCGUCGGCAUGGACCUGUCCGUCCUUGCUCUAGCCAUCGUCAAGCAGGGCGAGCAGGACAUCCCCGGCCUGACCGACGUCGUCCACCCCAAGCGUCUCGGCCCCAAGCGUGCCACCAAGAUCCGAAAGUUCUUCGGCCUCACCAAGGAAGACGAUGUCCGCAAGUACGUUAUCCGUCGCGAGGUCCAGCCUAAGAAGGAGGGCGCCAAGCCCUACACCAAGGCCCCCAAGAUCCAGCGCCUGGUCACCCCCCAGCGUCUCCAGCACAAGCGCCACAGGAUCGCGCUCAAGCGCCGCCAGGCCGAGAAGGUCAAGGACGAGGCCGCCGAGUACUCCCAGAUCCUCGCCAAGCGUGUCGCCGAGGCCAAGGCCCACAAGAUCGAGAACCGCAAGCGCCGUGCCUCUUCGCACAAGGCUUAAAAAGUUUGGCGUCACUCGAGGAUGGCUUCUUUUAUACGGAUGGGUUACGGAUCGGGCAUCUGAGGGUUUCCAUUUGGCCAAGAACGGGAUUGUAUUCAUGGCAUACUAAAAAUGGACGAGACUUCAGAAACCUGCUCAAUGAUUGAUUUGAUACCUUGGUAUUUUAACGGCGUCGGCGCACGUGAUGAAAAUGAAAACCAUGGUCUGAUGAUCGUGCUGCGAUCGAGCUGUGUCGACCUCCCAGGAGGUGUUGUUCAUCAGGAUACGAAUGUGUUGGCUGUUCCCGUUCUCUCGGGAUAGCCUGUCUAGCCCAAGGUGUCUCCAAUGUCAAUAUCCCCCCGCCGUUAAAUGCAUGACCUCGUUCCAAGCUUGACUGUCGGUCACAUUACCCCCUAGUCAUUAUGCCUCCCAAGGCGGUGCCAAUAUCAGAUAUGAUAUCCGCUAGACAUGGAUGUGCUUGAAUGUCUUCAAAGCUGUGCAGAGAGCGUCAACUCGUGGUGGCACGGGCCGAAUGGUUUAGUUCUGGUGACCCCGAGAAUCCAUCCCACCACUGCCAGUCUUCUCGCUUUGUUCUACAAUUUUUUCGAUCCUCCCCAUGCGACAUAGCCAUGAAACCGGAGAUCAUUGCGGGAAAAUCAUCGUCGAACACAUAACCCCGACGAUAGUCCUCUUGUCACAGCAAGGAGAGGCUGUUCAAGCGCAGGACAGCCGUGUACUUGAACGAGGCUCAUUCCUCGCGAGUGCCUUUAUCUACCCCGUGCCGGAUAGAAGUUGCAUCUUGUCACCAGGACAUCCCGAUUCCUGGGCCAUGGUACAUACUUGGACCGUCUUAUGUCCAAAAGGGUGUUGUAAGUGUGUCUUGUGUAGUAAAGGUCACAGUCUCUGCGUUUUUGUCCUAUCUCUCGUAUCUUGGAAAUCACACAGAACAGAGAUCACUUAAUCCAGUGUGAUCUAUA